AUGGGAGCACCGCAGCUGAUCUAUGCGAUCCAUGCAGCGCCCCAGCACCGUUUUCCUCGACACCCCGAGUGCCCGGAGAGGGUGACGGCCAUCCAGGCGGCCCUGGAGCAGCUUGGGGCCCUGCAGCGCGCCCUGGCCGACGGGCAGGCGAUGCAGCUGGACGCGCCGCCGCUGCUGGAGCUGCCAGCGGGCCUGCUGGCUGCGGUCCAUACCGCCGAGCACGUGGACAGCUUGCGGCAGACGUCCGCCAGCAUCAGCGGCCCCACCGCCGUAAGGGACCCAGAUGACCCCGACGGGCCCACCUUUGCCACCCCCAGCAGCUACGCAGACGCGCUGCGGGCAGCCUGCACCGCGGUGGCGCUGGUGGAUGCGGUGGUGGCGGGCAGCAGGGGCAGCAGCGGCACUGGAGACGGCAGCGGGGGCAGCAGCGGCGGCGGGGGCAGCGAGGCUGGCGGCGGGCAAGGCAGCAGUGGAAGAGGCAGGGAGCAUGCUGCCGCGACCUGCGGCUUCAGCAUCUGCCGCCCGCCGGGCCACCACGCCACCCCCGGAGACCAGAUGGGCUUCUGCCUGCUGAACAACGCCGCGCUGGCGGCGCGGCACGCGCAGCGCGCCCACGGCCUGCACAAGGCGAGCGCCUGCAUCUGCAUGCAGCGGCGCGUGCUGGUCCUGGAUUGGGAUGUGCACCACGGCAACGGCACCCAGGACUGCUUCUGGGCUGACCCCUCGGUGCUGCUGCUGGAUCUGCACCAGGAAGGGGUGUGGCCCGGGUCGGGGGCGGCGGAGGAGGCGGAGGCAGGCCCCGGCGCAGGCGCCACCAUCAACGUGCCGCUGCCGUGGCACAGCGGCCACGCCGCGGCGCAGCUGGCGUUUGAACAAGUGGUGGCGCCCGCGGCCAGCCGCUUCCGGCCAGACCUCAUCAUCGUCAGCGCAGGCGGGUGGGCAGCCUGA